GAUGAUGUUGAUGUUGAUGUACAAGCAUUCUGUGAGGAAAAGUGUGCGCAUGAAUAUGGUGGCUACUACGCUUAUCCUGGAAACUGCUGUCUCUUCAUCAUAUGUAAUAAGGUACCCCCAGUUGUACGUGGAACAUUAGGCAAAGUUAUAUCAAGCGUGGCAAAGUGUUCAAAGCCGCUUGUAUGGAACCAAGAGUCCUCCUCGUGUGACUUCGCCACUGAUGCUCUCAUCCAAGGAUGCAAUGCAAACUGCCACGACGCUACCCCUGAGACGACUGCUGCGCCGACCCCGCCUGUCUUCUUCAACAAAUCAGUCGAGUGUUACCGUGAUGGUAAGUAUUAUGAAAAGAUUGCGAACUCGGACGAAUGUUUCUAUGUCAAUGACGACAGAGCGGUCGAAGUGUGUUGUGAUUUCGGACAGGUGUUUAACUUAACAGACUGUUGCUGUGAAGGAAAUCUUCGAGUUCCACUUUGCGAUUGUGUCCUCGAUGUACAAUUUGUAUGGGAACCAGCUUUCGUUGUGUUCAGAAGUCAUGAAGUCCGUGAUGCGAUACAAGGCCUAUAUCUAAACUACAGUGGGAUAACAGUACCUUCAGUGUUUGAAGACACGCAAAGAGGGUGUUUCAGCGGAGACAAGAGCUUCAUCAAGAUACCCCAUCUGAUCAAUUUCAACUAUGGCCCGACCUUCUCCAUAUCCGUGGCCUUCGAGAUCGACCAGGAGUACACGAAUGACGCCGGUGAUGUUGUCAUAGAUACAAAAAUGGGAGUUUUAUCAAAUGGAUGUUGCGAUAAGGACGGUACCAUUGAAGUUUGGUUGGAAGAGAAUAGGGGCUACAUUACGUUCAUCACAGAGGACGAGGAGCUGAGGAACUAUGAAUUCACAUCCACGACAGAGACUCUGGUGACAGAUCCAAAGCUACUGACCCUCACAAUAGUGUACUGCGACCCCUAUCUGACUGUGACAUACAAUGGGAUAGUCCACGAUGACAUCACGCUAGGAGGUGCAGUGAAGUCCACAAAGUGUCCUCUGACGUUUGGUGAUCUGAAUGACAUUGACGAGAGCGAAUUUAAAGGCUGUAUGAAAAACAUACUUGUGUGCAGAAACUGUUGGUCGGCAGAACAGCAAGACAGGCUUCAUUCACCCGGGUUGGACAGCCGGGGUGCUCUUGGAGCAAUAGACUGUUAUUAGCCAUAAAUGGAAUUAUAAAGGAAUA